CGAGCUGAACCUGUUGCUCUUUUCAACAUGUUUUUGCCUCAUAAUCCUCACCUCUCUCACUGGCUCGCCAUAUUCUUACUGCUCAAUUGCUGGAAAGCAGGUGGAGCUCACAAUGGGUCAGAGGUGGUGACCUCAAUGCAGCGGGCUAGCAUUCCACCCAUCGUGGUGAAGGAGGGGUCGAGUGUGCUGAUUACGUGUAACGUGACUGGGACCCAUGAUAGCAUCAGCUGGUACAACUCUAAAGGACCCCUGCAGGGUGACGACGCAGACACCUGCGUUGCCUCGAGCGCCAGCGGCGGCACCCAAAACUACACGGUGACUCUUCGCGUUGCCUACUCUGACAGUGGCUUGGGGCUGCAUUUCGUCGUUGUGUGCCUGGUGGCCUUCACCAUCACCAUGAUCCUCAACGUGGCCCGCCUGUGCAUGGUCAGCAGCCACCUCAAAGAGAUGGAGAGGGUCAUCAACGAGUUCUUCCGGACAGAGGGCACAGAGAAGCUGCAGAAGGCAUUCGAGGUCGCCAAGAGCAUCCCCAUUGUCACUUCAGCCAAGACGGUGGAGCUCGCCAAGGUCACGCAGUUCAAAACUAUGGAGUUUGCCCGUCACAUCGAGGAGCUGGCCCGCAGCGUGCCUUUGCCGCCACUCAUCCUAAACUGCCGGGCGGUGGUAGAGGAGACGGGGGAGACCGGGAGCCCUGCGUCAGAACAUGCAGAGUCGACUGUGGCGAAAGGGAACAGACAGAUUACUGCCCCCCCCAACCCCGACAAGGAUGGACAGGAGCAGGCACUGCUUUCAAGCAAAGGGCGAAGGAAUGAUGGAGGUGGCGACUACGUCAAAGUGUCUGUCCAUACAGCUUCUGAGAAGACCGUCAGUGAGGAUAGAGGAGCCGCUGAUGUGCUCCAACCAGGCACACGAACAUCUGUGUGAUAUGACAAGUAAUGUGAAUCCCAUCAAAAACUAAUUUCUGAUUGCAAAUUAGUGAUCAAGAAGUUGUUAAAUUGUGCAGCUGAUUGUUAGAUAACAUUCUUAUCUCCUCCCUUUCUUAUUUAA